UUACUAUAUUUUCUGAUACAAUCCCUUCCCCAUCACCUCACACAAACAACAAACCCAAACAUGUUGAGCCAUCUGAACUUUGAGAACGAUGAAAUUUCCGGAGCGAUUUUGGCCAUUCCUGUCCUGAUUAUUUCAGUACUGUUAUGGAUCUUCUUGAUCAAGAAAUCAAGAACCAAAGUCGCUCCUCUACCACCAGGUCCUCGAGGAUUACCAAUAAUCGGGUACCUCCCCUUUCUUGGUACCCAUCUCCACCACACAUUCGCAAAAUUGGCACAAAUCUACGGCCCCAUCUACAAGCUCAAGCUCGGGAACAAACUCUACGUUGUGAUUAGCUCGCCAUCAUUAGCAAAACAGGUGGUUCGUGACCAAGACUCGAUCUUUGCAAACCGAGAUCCACCAGUCUCAGUAAAAGUUGCAGCCUUUGUUGGAAACGACAUUACCUGGCUACCGUUAGGUCCUGAUUGGAGAAAGAUGCGCAAGGUGUUUGUGCGAGAGCUGUUGAGCAGUACAAGUCUUGAUGCUUGUUACAGUUUGAGAAAACAAGAGGUGGAGAAGAGUAUAAAGAAUGUUCAUGGCAAAGCAGGGGAGUGUCUGGAUUUUGGUGAACUGGCUUUUGGGACUUUGUUUAAUAUUAUCAUGAACAUACUGUGGGGAGGAACAUUACAAGGAGAGGAGGGGACGAAAGUCACAGCGGAGUUUCGAAAGGCUGUGGCGGAACUCAUGGUGAUAAUGGGGGAGGCAAAUGUUUCGGAUUUUUUUCCGUUUCUUGCAAGAUUUGAUCUACAGGGUGUGGAGAGGAGAACGAGAAAAGUAGGUGUCUGGAUAGAAGAUAUUGUUAAUUUUAUAAUCGAGAAACACAUGAGCUCCAAUAUUGCUGUGAAAGAAGAUGGAGUAGGAAAAAAGAAAGGAAGGGAUUUCUUGCAACUUGUGCUAGAGCUUCAAGAACGUAACGAUCCUGCUACAUCAAUUACCAUGAACCAAGCUAAGGGCAUGCUAGUAGACGUUUUGAUCGGUGGAACGGGGGACACAGCAACCGUGGUUGAGUGGGCAAUGGCAGAGAUGAUGAUGUCUCCACAUAUAAUGAAAAAGGUACAGCAGGAAUUGGAUGAAGUCGUUGGUGUGAACAACUCUGUCGAAGAGUUCCACUUACCCAAACUACUCUAUUUGGAUGCUGUAGUGAAGGAAACAAGCCGCUUGCACCCUGCAGUACCAACGCUAGUACCACGUUGUCCAAGCUCGUCCGCCACAGUUGGCGGAUUCACCAUUCCAAGGGGUACUCAAGUUUUCUUGAACGUAUGGGCUAUCCAAAGAGACCCCGAACUUUGGGACAACCCCUUAGAAUUUAGGCCUGAGAGGUUUUUGAAUGGUGAAGAUUGCAAAUUGGAUUUCUCUGGUAAUAAUUGUAAGUAUCUUCCGUUUGGUUCAGGGAGGAGGAUUUGCGCUGGGGUUCCCUUAGCAGAGAAGAUGCUGAUGUAUUUGCUGGCUUCAUGGUUGCAAUCUUUUGACUGGAAGUUACCGCCAGGCGAAGAGCUCGAAUUAUCAGAAAAAUCAGGGAUUAUUGUGAAGAAGGCGAGGCCAUUGAUUGUUAUUCCAACACCGCGGCUUCAAAAUCCAGAACAUUAAGUUUCCAUGGCUUGUUGUCUUGAAAUAAGAUUAGCAUUUGUUGGUUAUUUUUUCGCUAUUUUGUAUACUGCUACAAAUAACUUUUUAGACGUCAAUAUCCUUGAAUGUCAAGACGAAUUGAGGCGAUGCUUGGGCCUCUUUAUAUGCAA